CUUUGUUCUUAAUAGGAAACAGUACGAACUGAUGUUGAGUACUUUAUACUAUUUAUUUGCGAAAAAGUGUACAUUUGCAAGAUAUAUCCCCUCUUCCUAAAGAAUCUGUUACAUCGAAAUGUCAUCAGCGAUUUCGUUCCUGUCGUGGACGGCCACUAUCGCAACAGUUGGAUUUUUCAUCUCAGGCGUGUUGACAUGUCAGAAAAUGGUCCAGAAUGGAAGCACUGAUAAUGUGCCUCUCCUGCCAUUUGUCACAACAUUUCUUAACUGUAUGAUGUGGGCAAGCUAUGGUAUUCUUAAAAAUGAUUCUGCACUAAUUCCAGUCAAUUUAAGUGGAAUGAUGUUACAAGUACUUUACAUUUUGUGUUUCCUUUACUACUGUAAACAGAAGGGAAAAGAACUGAAGAUCAUUUUAUAUGCUGCACUUGUAUCACUGGCAUUAUACUUUUACGUAAUGCAAUAUAUUACAGAGGAAACCCAGCGGGUUGCACAUCUUGGAUUUGCAUGCAUCAUCUUUACUGUUACAAUGCAAGCCUCACCAUUAGCAGCAGUGGCUAAAGUUGUAAGGACCAAAAGUACAGAGUCCAUGCAAUUUAUAUUCUCAUUUAUGAUGGUUCUGGUGUCUUUUCUUUGGCUCUGUUAUGGGAUUGCUGUGGACGACAUCAACAUUAAGGUCCCAAAUGCAAGUGGAGUAAUAUUGGGUCUCAUUCAACUGAGUUUGUUCUGUAUUUAUCCUUCCAAACCACCUAGACAGCAGUGACUUUGUAAUAAUUUAUUUAUGUUUGUGAAACUGUUGCCUGAAGUCGUCAAUUGUUGUCUUUCAAGUCUAGACGUAAAAUAGGUCUUUUUUUAAGCGUGAAAGACAGCGUGAUGUUUCAGCAGGGAGUCCAAAUACUGAGGGUCAGCGGCUGGGAAUUCUAUAUGACAUUGUGUUAUUUCGCGAUAUUUCGCGUUUCAACUCCGUUGAUUAACAAAAAUAAAGUACGAUGUAUUCUGCCAUUCGUUUUGGUAAAAAUACACAAUCAUCAGUGGUUUUUUGGCAGUUUCCCAAGUGUCUCAAACUUAAAUUACGAAUGAACGACUGUUUUAUUUAUGAUGUCUGGUCAAAGCACGCCUGUGCACUAAGACUAAUUGGUGACCCUGUCGUUUACACAAAACGUUAUUGCUUUCUGAGCAUUUUGAUAACAUUGACUUCGAGAAGGCAUUUGACACACUGAAUUUUGAUUUUACAAUUAGACCUUGGCAUUAAUUAAACUUUGUUCCUUCUUUCAUACAUAACAUUCGAGCGCUGUUACUAAAGUAUAAAAAUGUAUCAUGUGAAGUUAUGAAUGAUGGAUUUGCUACUGCCGGGGCGCUUUUCUCUAGAAAGAAGCGUCAGAUACGGUGACCGCUUUUCUCUGUAUUUA